GUACGUAUAAUAGUCAGAAGUCAACACGUGUUUCUUCACUUGCGGUUUCCAAGGAAGACGGUGCGGAUAUGCCGUCUGAGUCGGCCAAGAAGCGCCAGGCCCAGAAAAAGGAGCGAGAACGGCAGAGACAGAAACAGACGUCGGCGAAAAAGAAGCAGAAGGCAGAGGAACAGGUGAACGGAGCGAGCGGAGGGGUGGACGGAAACGAAUGUAGCGAGGGUGCCUGUGCGGCCGCGCCGGGGGCCGUUACGCCGUCUGAAGACGACGCAAAAGUCAAGAGCAAACCAGUGGACAAGAAAUCCGCGGCAAGAUCAUGCACAGGGGUGUUGGCGUCACAUCCGUUGUCACGUGAUAUCCACAUCAACCGGCUAUCGAUCACUUUCCACGGAGUGGAGCUCCUAUCAGACACUGGUCUGGAGUUAAACAUUGGCAGGCGGUAUGGACUGGUGGGGCUCAACGGCAGUGGUAAAUCAACACUGCUCGAUGCCCUGGGAAAUCGAGAGGUUCCGAUCCCGCCAAAUAUGGACAUCUUUCAUCUGACGGAGGAGGUUGCCGCUAGCGACAUGACUCCACUCCAGUGUGUCAUGGAGGUUGACGAGGAGAGGUUGCGACUGGAGACCGAGGCGGAGACACUGAUGAAGCUGUCGGGGGACAUGGAGAGCGAGAGGCUCCAGGAUAUAUACGAGAGACUGGAUGAACUAGACGCUGCCACUGCUGAGACCAAGGCUGCCAGACUGCUUCACGGACUGGGGUUCUCACCAGAGAUGCAGCAGCGACCGUGUAAGGAUUUCUCCGGAGGCUGGAGGAUGAGGGUGUCCCUGGCCAGGGCACUCUAUGUAAAGCCCACCCUCCUCCUCCUUGACGAACCCACCAACCAUCUCGACCUGGACGCAUGUGUCUGGCUCGAAGAAGAGCUUAAAAAGUAUAAGCGUAUUCUAGUCAUGGUGUCCCAUUCCCAGGAUUUCAUGAAUGGAGUCUGCACCAACGUCAUACACCUCCACAAGAACACGCUUGUCUACUACCGGGGUAACUACGAUGCGUAUGUGAAGACGAGGAGUGAGUUGGAGGAGCAUCAGAUGAAACGCUACAACUGGGAGAAGGACCAGAUGCAACAUAUGAAGGACUACAUAGCAAGGUUCGGUCACGGGAGUGCCAAGUUGGCGAGACAGGCUCAGAGCAAGGAGAAGGUUCUGGCAAAGAUGGUGGCCGGAGGGCUGGCAGAGAAGGUCGUCUCAGACAAGUUGGUCCAGUUCUCAUUCCCAGACUGUGGCUCCGUUCCACCUCCAGUCAUUAUGGUCCAGAACGUCAGCUUCAGGUGAACACCUCAGUAAUCUUACUGCACAUGUUCAGUAAUCUUCAGUAAAUUAACUCGGCGUAAUCAGUAAUUCACUACACGAGGUCAACAGCAGUAAACCACCACAAAAAUUCAGUGAUCCUCAGUAAAUCUUUAGUAAACCUCAGUAAUCCCGGUGUGUACUAGGUACCAACCGGACAAGCCCCUAAUCUACCGGAACAUUGAUUUUGGAGUGGAUCUGGAGACGAGAGUUGCUCUGGUGGGACCUAAUGGUGCAGGGAAGUCAACUCUUCUCAAACUCAUCGACGGAGAACUCGUCCCAACAGACGGCGUCAUUCGUAAGCAUGCCCACGUGCGGGUUGGCCGGUACCACCAGCACCUCAAGGACCAUCUAGACCUGAGCCAGUCGGCCCUACAGUACAUGCUGUCCUGCUAUCCCGAGGAUAAAGAUGAGGAGGACAUGAGAAGGUCUCUGGGGAUGUACGGACUCACCGGCAAACAGCAGAUUUGUCCGAUCAGGAACCUCUCGGAUGGCCAGAGGUGUCGCGUCAUCUUUGCCUGGCUGGCUUUCCGCAGACCACACCUCCUGCUCAUGGACGAGCCGACCAAUCAUCUUGACAUGGAGACAAUCGACGCUCUUGCCAGCGCCAUCAACGGCUUCGAGGGAGGCAUAAUUCUAGUCAGUCACGACUUCAGACUCAUACGACAGGUUGCCCGGGAGAUAUGGGUAUGCGAGAAGCAAGGUAUUCAUCCUUGGAAAGGUGAUAUUCUUGAUUACAAGGCUAAACUGAAGAAGAAAAUCGACAAGUAGAACCGAACUUGCACUAUUAUUUAUUUCGAUGCAACUUUUAUUUCAUCAAUUUUAAAAUCAUUAUUUAUUUCGACAUACUUGUAAUGUGUAUAUAGGUUAUUUAUAAUAAUUAUCAUGUGGACAAAACAUUUCUAGCCAUUUUCGAGACGUGUCUUCCAUACUGUAAAACUGCAACAACUGUGCGUGGAUUGGAUGGAUGGAUGGAGAAACCACAUGGAGGAAAACUAGUGCUGAUGGCUUGCAAACUUGUCCUCAAACCGGAGCGGUAGCUAUCGAUGUGUGUAACACCAAAACUAUGUAUCUCGGUUUAUUUGGUCCAAGAUGUUCACUAUGUGUCUCUGUAGAGGUCUGUCCUUCGAUAUUUCAGCCUUUUCCAGUGCUUUCUCUAGCGACUCUUUAGCCUGCACGACUUUACCCUGGUGGCUGAGGAUCAUUCCCAGGUUAUAGUACACACGUGCCAGAUACUCUUCCGUGUCACGGGAACGAGACUGGGACAGAAUCUCCAGACUGGUACGGGCGUGGGACUCUGCGUCACUCAGCAGCUGCCCACCUCCAUCCAGUGCUGUGGCCAGGUCAUUAUGAAGAACUCCAACCUGUAAGUGUGAGGCAGUGAAGACCUCCAGUGAUAUCUGGAGAGCCUCUAUGAGGCAGCGGAUUGCUGGG